AUGGUGAAGAAUCUGGCAAGCAUCCCUCUCGUUCUGCCCUUCGCCAAGUGGGUCUGGGAAGCCGCAGACAACCCAGAAGAAGUUUCACCUGAUAUAUGUCUCUCAGAAGUUCCCUUUUUGAGUCCUGGAUGUUUUUCGGCACUUUUGGCGAAAGCAUUGGGCGUGGCAAUCAUCCUCGGGUCGUGCGUGAAUAAGGUUCCUUUGAUAAUGAACAUGCAGAAAUCCAAGUCUGCAGACGGGAUCAGUAGAAACUCACUGUACGGAGAAGCUCUCGUCUACGCCGCUUGUGUCUUCUACGGUCUAUUACACGAAUAUCCAUUCUCCUCAUAUGGUGAAAACGCAUCUCUACUAAUUCAGAACUUUGUCUUGAUUGCCAUGGCUUGGAAUCUAAGCGCUACUCCUGUUUUAACGCAAGAGAAAGUGAUAUCUUCGGGAGGUUUCGUUGCCUUCUCCAUCGCUGUCAUGUACCUUUUGCCAGAAGACUUGCGAUACUUGUUAAUGUCUGGUACCUGGCCGGUCAUGAUCUACGCUCGCGGCUCUCAAAUCUUGGAAACAUUCCAGGUGAAACACACGGGAAACCUGUCGAUUGUCACAACGAGCAUGAAUCUUGUAGGAUCCUUGAUCCGUGUAGGAACGACGGUGCAAGAGACUGGAGAUGUUGUCAUCUUGGCUGGUUACAUCUUGAGUUUCCUUCUUAGCUUUGCAAUGUUUGUCCAAUACUUUUUGUAUUUGAAGAAUACCCGAGAGUUUGCGACAAAGAGCAAAAAAGAUUAA